GAGCGUGCCCACCUACCUAUCAGGUUAAUAGCCUCCCCAGAGGAACAGGAACCAGAGCGGACUUGAGCAUGGUUUUUUGAUCUUUAAAGCGAAUGGCCAACGUGGACUAAGCUCUUGAGUGAAAUAUCUCUGUAUCGCUUUGCUGUGGUUGAAGAAGAAGCGAGAAGGGAGAAAGGGAUUUCUCAGUGUAAUGAUUACUUUGCAAUAAAGGAAUCCCAUGGCUGAAGGAGAAAUCUCUUUGAAGGUACUUACCUGUUUGAGAGGCAAAACAGGGAUGUUCUGGAAGCUCUCCCUGUCCUUGUGCCUGGUGGCCGUGCUGGUGAAGGUGGCGGAGGCCCGGAAGAACCGGCCGGCGGGCGCCAUCCCCUCGCCCUACAAGGACGGCAGCAGCAACCACUCGGAGAGAUGGCAGCACCAGAUCAAGGAGGUGUUGGCCUCCAGCCAGGAGGCCCUGGUGGUCACCGAGCGCAAGUACCUCAAGAGUGACUGGUGCAAGACGCAGCCGCUGCGGCAGACGGUGAGCGAGGAGGGCUGCCGCAGCCGCACGAUCCUCAACCGCUUCUGCUACGGCCAGUGCAACUCCUUCUACAUCCCGCGCCACGUCCGCAAGGAGGAGGAGUCCUUCCAGUCGUGCGCCUUCUGCAAGCCCCAGCGCGUCACCUCGGUCCUGGUGGAGCUCGAAUGUCCCGGGCUGGACCCUCCCUUCCGACUCAAAAAGAUCCAGAAGGUGAAGCAGUGUCGGUGCAUGUCGGUGAACCUGAGCGACUCGGACAAGCAGUGAGCACCUGCGGCGGGACGCAGCUCGCCCCGCGCGCCAGUUGGCUGGGCCGCCGCCGCCUGCGUCCCCGUCCGCUGAGCCCACGCACGCGCUGCCCGGUGGCCCCUUCCGCAGCAAGCACGUUUCCGGGGGCCCACGGCGCCCUUGUCACACGCGCGGGCCACAAGCGGAGCUUCGCUGCGAUGUGUUCCUGACCGACCGCGGGCCUCUCCUAUGCGUCCCAAACGGGCUGCGUUUCAGGCCCGAGGGACGUGGCUGGAAACCCACCGUCCACCAGUCGGCGGCCGGAGAGGGCCUUUCCCGGGCUGCCCUGCCAAUCGGCAUUGAUGUUUCCACCAUGUGGAAAAGCGAGUCUUUCCCUGGCCUCACCCUACACUCCAGCUCCCCCUUCCCAGGAAGAGAAGGAUGCGGCCCUCACGCCUCUCCCGCUGGGCCAGGGCCCUCCAGCUGAGAGGUUCCCUUGGGAAGGGAGGGCUGCCCUCGCGCUGCUGUGAUGCGGUUCUGGACAAUGUCCGGACACAGGGAGGUUCUUCUAAAAACCCAAUACUGAGAAGACGACUUGAGCCACUGGGAUCAUGAAAUGGGCUUCCCUGGGGACCUUGCUCAGCAGGCCACACUCUCCCCUACCCCCGGCCCCCACCACCUCUUCCUCACUUCCCCCACCCCCCCCCAUCUGUGGACUCAGAUGAACCCUGAUGUGCAUGCUAUUAUUGCUGCAAUUAGAAUAUUAUUACACACAAAGGUCUCCAUAUUAACGCUGGUUUUGUAAUUGACCUGUAUUGUAAAGAGCUGUUAAAAAGCACUAUAGACCUAUCCUUGUAUUGUUUCACGUGUUUGGACUCUGGCUUUGCAGCACUAUUCUGAGUCAGGCCCACAAGGUGUUUCACUCAGAAAUAAUGCCUAGUCAGCAGUUCAUUGUCAUGCACCUAUUCUUAGAUUGGGCAGGGAGACGCCAGGUGAUUUUACCUUGUGAUUUGACAAUGAAUAAUAUUUCACUGAAGGUCCUAAAGCAUUGCAGCACAAUAUAGGAAGUGGAUCGGAAUGGAAGGGUGUAGGGAGGGGACUCACUGGGAAGUCAUUAAGGGGGAACUUAAAAGCCCUAUGAUAUUUAAUAUGCAUAUGUGGUAUGAGAAGUUAUACUAUUUUACUGCCAUGACACUAAACAAAAGAUAUUUCCUGGUAAAAGAAAUAUUUAAAAGUAUAAGGAGUCAAUUCACUUUGUGGUGUAGGAGGAAAUAAAAAAUAAAAUAUAUAGAACGGAAAGCUAGUUAAACUAUCCUACAGAAGCUUCCUUUUCAAAGAAUGGAAUUUUUGAAAAAACAAAAAGAUGACCAACUCAUUUUUCAUUUUUAUGAAUCAUUGAGGUUUUCAUGUUGUGAACUCUUGGCAUAAGAAAGCUGACAUAAUUUAUCAUCCUGAAAACUUAUACUUACAUUGAGUCCCUUUGCUAGAUUGCCCCGCAAAGACUUCCCUGUGAGUAACGUUUAUGGAAUCUGUAAAUGUGAAUUAGAUGCCAUUGGCGGGAAGCAGCACCCUUUGAAGACCUUUCGUUGGUAAUUCCCCCGAGCACUCAGUCUCAAGUGCUGUUGCCAAAGGCACUCAGAAAAACCCAUUUCCAGGUUUGUGAGACCCUCUACAAGCUGCUCGGAGAGCUGAGGCUUCCUGACCUUUGACCGUGAUGGGGGAUCUGGAGGUGUUCACCUGGAGAGCAAGGUUGUGGCCUGACGGUGAAUCCAUCUCCUGCCUCUACGCUGCGGGUUUCGUUUCUAUCACUUCUGUAACUCCAUGAGACCUGAGCAGAAUGUGCUGUUGCACAAGAGGGCAUUGGUUUUAGAAAUGGUUAUACACAGCCCUAAAUCAGGAGGCAGAACUCAACAGAAAUCCUUGAAGGCUGGAACCUUGGGAUAGAGAGAAAGAGUGGAGAGUGUGUCCAGCUUUAGAAUUUAUUUUUCCAUUUAAUGGAAAACCUCAAGCCAGACUCCGUGCAGGACCCACAGCAGAAACACUGUGAAGGAAGGAAGUCCACAUGACUGUACCUGAGGUCAAUGGAGUAGAGUAGGGUAGGGGUGGGUGGGAGUCUCUGGCUGACCACAGAGCCAACCCUGUCAUUUUAUUAACACAGAACCCAAGUAGAUAGGGGAAGGAUUAAGCUAUGAACUCACGGAACACAAACAUGAGCGCACACUCUUUGAACCCAACUGUGGGAGUAGCAAUGGAAGCAAUAUGAUAUGCUGCAGUGUGAAGCUCCUUCUGGGGGUAUGUACAAAGUUUACCUUACAAUGGCUCAAAUUGUAUUUAAUUGUUUUUUUUUUUUUGUCUGUUUAUAAAUGAAGAAAAGCUAUAAGUAUAAUGUAAUUAUUUUAUAGGUGUACUAUUAAAUUAUAGAACAAAUAAAGAUACUCUAGGAUUAUAUGUGAUCCUGGUGUGAAGUGCCAUAAAAAAUGGGAUUCAGAACUUGUUUCAGGGGGCAGUGGAGGAGCACUGUGUUCAGAGUGCUUUUGUCCAGUCGUGGUGCAUUCAAUCCUUCGUCUACAUCACGCAACCAGUCCCUUUGGGGCCUGGCACCAUCAAAGAGAAUCAGAAUCAGGCAUUCGAGGAUCAGAGGUGAAGGGGAUGGCUCUCAGUCCUGGUCUUGGGGAGUUUCCAAGCCUCUUACAGAUUGGUCAGCAGCUGAAGACAGAAUUCUUGAGCUCUUCUCAUUGUGUUCUUUGAAUAAGAAAUACAGAAGUUCAUCUUCCUUGUAGUGGCCAGGGUACCACAUUUGUCUCUUCAACAAGCCAGACUUUGUCCUGAGUGUUGUCCGUUUUCACAAUCACCUUUCAAACAUUUCAACAUUUCUUGAUAUCACGGUGUUUCUGUUUUUCAACUAAUUGACUUAUAUGACAUUCACGUAACUCGAUUACCAAUAAAAAAUAAACACUAUAAUAAAACUGCA